AUGGCCGGUACUCGAAAAGACACGACUGCCAUAUCCGAGAAAGGCUCCUUCGCCCGCUCCGUUCCCGACGAGCACAACGAAGCGACUGUCCCAGACGAGGCCGUUCACAUUCCCGGCUACGACGCCCGUCUCCAGUUCGACCCCCAAGACGCCCAGCGCGCCCUGCGCAAGGUGGACUUGCUCAUCCUCCCCCCCAUCGUCCUCUGCUUCUGCUUCCUGCAAUUCGACCGCAGCAACAUCGGCAACGCCCUCACCGAUAGCCUGCGCCAGGACCUCCACGUCGGCAACGCGCAGGUCAACCUGGCCCAGACGCUCUUCACCGUCGGCUUCGUCCUCACGGAGCUGCCGUUCAACAUGAUCAGCAAGCGCAUCGGCCCCGAGCGCUUCCUGCCCGUCACCAUGCUUCUCUGGGGCGUGGUGACGUGGACGCAGGUCUUUCUGAGGAACGCCGCGGGGCUGUACGCGUGUCGGUUCCUGAUCGGCGCGCUCGAGGGCGGCUACAUCCCGGGGUUUGCGCUGUACAUUUCCAAGUUCUACACGAACCAGGAGCUCGCGUUUCGGUACUCGAUCUUUUGGGCCGCGAAUGGCUUCGCUGGCGCGUUGGGCGGGCCGCUGUCCAUCGGCCUGCUGUCGCUUGGUGGACGAGGUGGACUUGCGGGAUGGCAAUGGCUUUUCCUUGUCGAGGGUGUCCUUACUUGCUUCUUGGGAGUUGUCGCCUAUUUAUACUUGCCUCAUAACGCGGCCAACCCCAAGUCGUUUUUUGGCAAGUCCUGGUCCGUCUUCACACCACGCGAGGCAUCGAUCCUCGUGACACGCGUGCUGCGCAACGACCCGACCAAGGCACUGAGACAUGGAAGGCCAGUCUUGCCCUCGCACAUUCUGGAAACUGUCAGCGACUGGAGAUUGUAUGGCCACCUCGUCGCAGCACUGCUCUCCAUGGUGAUGAUCUCGCCGAUGAACACGUACGCACCCUCCAUCAUCAAAUCCCUCGGAUUUACUUCUCUCCAGGCGAACGGCCUGAAUUCCGUGGGCAGUAUAUGUGCCCUAGUUUGGUCCGUCACGCUCGCUUACAGCAGUGACCGACUUCAAGAGCGCGGACUGCACAUUGCUGCGGGAUACCUCUGGGGCGCUGUCGGCCUGUUGUGGUUGGCAUUGGCACCUACCAGCGUUGCAAAAUGGGUGCUUUAUGGUAUCAAAGGGGGCGUCGUUUGGACCCAGAUGGGAAUGGGCAGUGCGCAAGCCAUCAGCGCAGCUUGGCUGACCAGCAAAAUGGAAGACUACAAGCGGCCAGUGGCGUUGGCUGCGUACGUGAUGAGCAUCCAGCUUGCGAACUUCCCCGGAAAUCAAUUAUUUCGAUCUCAAGAUGCGCCUCGCUACAAACAUGGGUUACUUGUCGCCGCUGCUUGCGCCAUUGCCGCCACCGCCGUCAUCUUGGUCUGGAAGUUGCUGUACCGAUUAUUUGACGAAGACUCUUUCGAUUCCGAUUCUUCCCAGUCCUCGCCUGUGCAGCAGAGAAGCGGCUUCCGGGAUAAGCAUCAUCGCGCUAACCGGGCAUGUCCGGAUUCGAGAAUCAGUAAGCUUGAGCGUACAGUGGCAGCUUUGAUCGAUCGUCUGGAUGCGCAGUCCAACGAGCCAGGGACGGCAACGACGGUGAUCCGCGCCAGAUCCGACCAAGGAGCGCCAGUCGAGCGAAACCCCGCGCCAGUCAUCUUGAUCCGUGAAGCCGCAACCGAUGCUGGUCUUUCGCCUCCAGGGCAAUUUGGCUCGCUUCCUGGGAACGCAUCUGAUGUGAUCUCAGCUGGGCUGGUCACGGCGUCCACCUCUCACUCCUUGCUGAAACUGUUUCGCAUCCACUAUGGCCGCUGGGUGCGGUUUUCCAAGGACACGUCGCUUGACCGUCUUCUCUCCAAGGUGAGAAGGUCGCCGCUGCUGCUGUGCAGCGUUCUGUUGAUCGCAGUGCGCCACACGACGCAAGAACUUGCUGAUGAGCUCGCCCCGCGCCUGUUCCACGAAGCAAAGAGCCUGGCCGCGAAGGCGCUGCUCGUCGUUCCGCAAACCGUCGAGCACUUCCAGGCCCUGUUGAUAUUGAGUCUGUGGUCCACCACCGUCGGCCAGCAGCCGCUGAGCAUCGACGGCUGGCUGCUCACCGGCUACGCGCUCCAGCAAGGGUUCGCCAGCGCCUGCUUCCCAGGCCAGUCGAAGCUCAGGCAGGGGGGCAAUGCUGAGCAGAGUGACGUUGAUGCCCAGUGCCUCUGGAACCACCUCUGCGUCGCCCACCUGCAGUACUGCGUCGGCACGCGCCGGCAGACGAUGCUGCGGCAGGAGCACGUGGACCGGUGCUCUCUGCUCGUCGAGACCGGGAGCCUCCAAAACUACGAAGCGAGAAUGGUCGCGGAGGUCAAGCUCUACUGGGUGAUGUACACAAAGUGCUGCCCGCAAAGCGGCGAGGUCGACGUGCGUGACUGCAAGGUUGCGCUGCGGAACUGGAAGACGGAGUGGGCGGGCUUGUUUGACGAGCCGCGCUCGCACUUGCUCCAGAUGGGAUUCCACUUUGCGCAUCUCCUCGCGUACUACCACUCUGCGCGGUCACCACAGUCCUUGACGGAUGCGUCGCUCAUCCUGGAAAUGGUUGACCUUGCAGGCACGAUCAUGAAUCUCGCCAUGGACACGACGGACGAUCGAACUCGCCACUUGACAGACCACAUCUAUCACAUCAUCACCUUUUCGGCACUCACGCUUUGCCGACUGGUCCAAAUGUACGAGAGCCAGCUGCGCAUUGCGAAUGUGGACGUCGAUGGGCUAGAUCGGCUGGUGAUGAGACUUGUGACUUGGCUGCGCUCGAUUGGUCUGUCGUGUCAUGUCGCGCGUCUGCUCAGCGAUGUUGUUUCGUCACAAUUUCAAAAGUUGCGCCCGAAUGGUGUGCCGGACGAGGCUACCGCGGAUGCUACUAUGUAUUCUACCAUCCCGGUUUUGGAUGCCUCGCCUUUGCCGUCCAAUGCCGGGUUUUACCCAGAUCUGAUUGGAUCCGAGUUGUUUGAUAUGGAUGAGGGAAUCACCUCAUGGCCGCAGUGGAGCUGA